AUGGCGGCGCACCCGCUCCUCAUGGACCUCGGCGCGCCCUCGACCGCCGCCGCCCCGUCGUCCAAGAAGGACCGCUACAAGCCCAUGGCGCCCAAGUUCUCGACCACGCGGGCCAACGCGCGCAUGCCCGCUCCGGCGGCGCGCCCGGCGUCGACCAUCUCGUCGGCGACGGACCCGACGGGCGAUGCGCUCAAGGAGAGCGAGUUCUUCGACGAGCGCCUCGGGUACGGCUCGGCGGGCGUCGUCGGCAAGUCGCACAUGGGCAAAGGGCGCCAGCGCACGACGUUCGCGUUCAAGCGCCCGGGCACGUUCGUCGAGAAGGGCGAGGCGAUCCGGGCCGAGGCGCGCCUCGACGACCUCAAGCGGCGCAUCUACGAGAGCUCGCAGAAGGCGGGCCUCCAGAGCGACCUCGAGGACACGGCCAAGAAGGUGCGCCGGCCGCCGCCGCCCGACGUCGAGUGGUGGGACGAGAGCUUCCUUCCCGACAAGGACUACGAGACGUACUCGACCGAGUUCCUCGACCGCUCGCCCCUCAUCACGCACCUCGUCCAGCACCCGAUCUCGAUCCCGGCGCCGCAGGACAAGAUCCAGGUCGAGGCCAAGCCGCUGUUCCUCACCAAGAAGGAGCUCAAGAAGAAGCGCCGUCUGCGCCGCCAGGCCGACAUGCAGGACAAGCGCGACCGCCAGAAGAUGGGCCUGCUCCCGCCCGACCCGCCAAAGGUCAAGAUCUCGAACAUGAUGCGCGUCCUGACGCAGGAGGCCAUCGCCGACCCGACCAAGGUCGAGGCCCAAGUGCGGCGCGAGAUGGUGGCGCGCGAGCGCAAGCACCUCAAGGAGAACGCCGAGCGCGCCCUGACGGCCGACGAGAAGCGCGACAAGCGCGAGCUCGAGUACGCCAAGGACGAGGCGCAAGGCUUGCACGCCGCCGCGUUCAAGGUGCGGUACCUGUCGGACCCGAGCCACAAGUUCAAGGUCAAGAAGAACGCGAUCGACCUGCACCUGACGGGCCGCAUCUGCCACAACCCCAAGUUCUGCCUCGUCGUCGUCGAGGGCGGCGCCAAGAGCAUCAAGAAGUACCGCCAGCUCAUGCUCCACCGCAUCCGCUGGACCGAGGAGGCGGCGCCGCGCGCCCACCACGACGCCGAGGCCGACGCCGCGCCAAAGCUCGAGGACCACGGCGGCAUCCUGCGCCCUGUCGGCCCUUUCACCGCGCCCGACGAGCCCGAGGCCCCACAGUCGUUGGCCGACAACACGUGCGUCGAGGUGUGGGGCGGCGCCGAGCGCGAGCACCUGUUUGCCGACCUGCGCAACGCAAACUGCCCCUCGGAGGCGAGCGCGCGCGAGGUCCUCGGCAAGCUGGGCUACCUGUGGGACGUGGCCAAGGCGCACGGCACGGGCGAGGACGAGGUGUGA